AUAAAUCCUGCAUGGUUUGAAAGAUUUGCUGACGUUGGUGAAUAGAAACCAACAACGGAAGCCCUUGGAGGGUAGCUGAUUGCUGAAGUCGACAAAAAAUCGGAUCAAUGAAAAACGAGUGAAGUUGUCUUUUGAAUAAGGAUAUGGAGAAGAAAAUUUGUGUACAUAUUCAAUCCAACGAUAAAGUGUUUAAAUUCUAAAUCUAAAUUGUUCAAUCCAUUGCUUUCAUUGAGCAGAAAAGAAAAGUGAUUUGAAAGUGUGGAAAAUAUGUAGGAUAUAUGUGAUUGCAAAUAACGGCGAUCUAGAGCUCUAGUGCAAAUAAUUCCAGUCCUGCUUAGUAGUUGUGUUUACGUCGUAAAUGUUUUAUCUAACCUUUGAAUCGUUAAUUGAGCCAUUAAGCUAAUCGUGUACCACAAAACAAGUAGGGUACUAAAUAUAAUAGCGAGUCGUUUGUAAUUAAGCAGCUAGUAAAUCAGAAACGUGCGUGUCAACAGCGUUGAAGGUGUUAAAUCGUAACGUGCCCAGUGCGUGUAUGUAAAUUCACAGUUCCAAAAGAGGAAAAGCUUCCACGCAAACUGGUGGAUUGUUUUAUGUUGCGAGGAUUGCUUGGAAACCGUGACGACGUCUACUGGGUCACAAGGGAAUAUACGUCGUUUUUGGAUGACGAUUGUUUUUGGCGGCACAACCAAGCUUAACGCGCGAAUGCCCCACCCUAUAUUGUAAUGUGAUAAAAGCAAUGAAUAUUUUGGUCAAAUUCUUCAACAAACAUAGGUUAAAAUUCAUCAAAAAACAAGUCACUGUAACUAAAAUCCUCAACCAAGAUAUAGACGCAUCACUUACUAAAAUGACUCAAUAGUCAACAGGCUGCACUAGGCGAAGAUAUUGAGCUGCUCUAUAUUUGUCAGUGCAAAGAAUAAGAACUGCAUUUUCAUGCAUAUAAUGGAAGACAACGUUCAACGAAAUGACAACAAGAAACAUCGAAAAUUAGUACGAAGCUAUGAACAAAUAUCGCCUGCUUGUGAUAUCCUGCCAUCACCGACUGGUGGUACCACGGAGACGAAGCAAACUCCCCCUUCGAUGACCAUGGUACUGCAGCCUGCCACCAGCCAUGGCCUAGCUGUUAAGGCAACCGUCGUCGGAAGCGGUAUCAUUCCAUCAGGGGCGGUAAUCCAAUCACCCAAAACUCCUUCUCCGAGCCUUGCAUCACCACAAACCCUCAGCAAAAGUUUUGAGCAAGCGGUAGCUCAGUCUCCACCCAAAUACCAAAUUUACCAUCAAUUCAGUAGGAAAUCGAACACUACUCAGCAAUUUGUCCAACGACAGCAGCAACUACAACAGAGUUUAUCUCAAACACAACUUCCCUCACCAACGCAUCAGCCUUCACCGUUAAGUCGGAAACCCAGCAUUACGCAACCAGCCAGCACAGAAUGGACAGACAACUCCAAGUCUCUUGGUUCUAAUUCAUCUAGUUACUAUCACCAUUCUAUAAAACAAUCGCAACCUAUGGACCAAAGAAGCAAUAACCCUUUUAUACUUAAUUUUACCAACAUAUCAGGAUGCUGUAUAAAGAACUCUCCGCCAUCAGGUGUAGCCUCACCUACCGCAAAUCCCCCAAUAAAUACGAACUCUUCCCAAACAAGUGCAACACCAUCACCUUCAGUACCGGCCAGACGAAGUCGGUCCCUCCUUUUGAAAUCUUCCACACCUCUCCAGCAGCCCCAUCCCCCCAUUACCCAAUUAUCCACUCCGCAAGCAUCAACCACAUGCCCGCCCGUCCCCCCACGUCUCAGCAAAUCACCAACCCCUACCAGGGAAACAGCUCCACCAUCGACAGCAAUAUGCCCCACGAUCCAGACCGCCAUCGCUACGACCGUUACUUCCGCAUCGACUUCAUCGACGACCACAACCAGCACCAGCAGCAGCUUCGCCACGUUAGCCACAAUCGGACUGGUCAAACGAAGGGAGGUAUCUCCGCCGGCACUGUUGGCAACCAGCAGUGGUGCCAACACGCCCAAUACCGUCGAAAAAGGAUUCACAAUAGGGCCUCCGUCUGCUGCUUCUGCUGCUGGCACAAAGGACGUUCGGAUGAAGCGGGAUGACUUCCUGAAAGCUACCAUGAAGAUUUGCCUUGUCGUUUCUCCUCCGUCCUGUAAGCUUCAGCUAAAAUCAAGGAGUUUGUCACACUUGGAUAAACUAGAGCCUCAAAUAACAACACCUGGAAAUAUUUCAGCAGACUACCAUCAGUUUGGAAGAUUCAAGAGUGACAACUCGGAUACGUCCAAUGCAUCAAUAGCAUCCGCGUCGGGAUCGAUCGGUUACGGUGGCAGUCGAGUGCCGGCAAACAGCAUUUGCUACCAGAGCAGCACCGAAGGUCCGAGUCCAGGUGAUACGGCGGUGUCCCCACAGGGUAAGGAACCGACGGGGCUGCUGGUGGCGACGACCUCCGGUAGUGCACUCAUCGGCUUGAGUGACAGUGACGGGGGCUGCAUAAAUCCUGCUUACGACAACGGCGACGGAAAUUGCCCCACCGGGACUAAUGAUGGCAUUGUGGUGGAUGCCGGAGAAGGGCCCGGUGCUGCGACAUGUGGCGAAAGUACAACCAGCAGCACCAGUAACGAGAAUUCCAAUCAAACCUGCUGCUUGUCUUCCCCAUCUUUUCCCAAGAGCAAGUCGCUAUCUACGACCGCGUCGCUCAAGAAGAAGUCCUCGUCGUUUUUGCAUCGCGAACGCAAAAAACCGGUCCUGACAAGAAGUCAAGUUUCCAGUUCGGAGUACUUCUCGGUAUGCUUCGAAGCCGGCGAUAACAAUGGUUUUCGGGAUGAAAUCUUGAUACCCGCAACGAAGGGAAUCUGCUUGGCUGAUUCUCUGCAUUCCUCUCUAACGCAACGAAGUCUCAGUUUCUCCCAGAUCUGUGUGACAGAUAAUGGCUUCAGCAAUUCACAGGAACUCGGCGUACCGUAUAUGGGACCACUCGAUGCGUACACCGACAUAUCGAGCUUAGCCGGCCGGACGUUGAUUAUCUCCGACAAAGACAGCAUAGCGAGGCGAUCGGGUGGCCAUAUCACACUACAGAAAGCAGCUUCCGUAGGCUAUCGGUCAACGUCGAACCGCCUUUUCACGUCCACCUCCACCGAUGAAACGUACGACCAAAGCCCGAAAGCAUCAUCCGGCUCAUUCAACAAGCAAUCCAAACAAAAAUGGACAAUAUCGUUCGGAUCGAAGGGACCACAAAAAUCAAAACUAUGCGAAUUGCUGGACAGCUACAAUAAGGGCAUUCCGAAACUGACGUCUUCCGCCAGCAAUUUUGAUAAACCAGAGUAUUUAGAAGCAUUAGAAGGCCUUAAAAAUUUACCUCAAUCGUGGACCGAUAUUGUCAACUACAAUGGAAUGAGCGAAACGGAGACGAAAAUUCAAUCUGCUAUCUGGGAAUUGGUAACGACGGAAGUGUACUACAUCCUCGCCCUGCAGACCGUAACAGAUCUAUUUUUAGCCUGCCUUGAGGAUAUCCAAUCGCACAACAUCCUGACCGAUGUUGAUCAGAACAAGUUGUUUUCCAACAUACGCGAUAUUUGCGAGUCGAACCUAAAAUUCUGGACCUCGUACCUGCAUCCGAUGGUUAAAGACAGCGUGGAAACCAAAGAACCGAUGAGCGUGUACAAAUUUAAGGACGGUUUUAUGGAGUUCGCUUCCAUCUUCAUGCCCUACACCAAGUACUGUGCCGAGCAGAGCACUUGCCAGUACUACUGCAAGGAGCUGUACCAGAACAAUUCGCUGUUCAUGUCCUACUGUGCUUGGUGUGAGUCGCAGAAAAUGUGCAACCGACUUCGGUUGGCUGACAUCCUGGUCCGGCCCAUGCAAAGGUUAACAAAGUACGGUUUGCUCCUGGCGGCCAUCAAAAAGCACAUCGCCGACGAGAACGAAGGUGAAGCGAUUGACGAGAUGAUACACUCGGUGGAGGAAUUUGUGGCCGGUGUCAACGCUCAUCUGACCACUCGACAGGAGAACGAACGGUUGAAGGGAAUCAACGCCCGGAUAGACUCGUACGAGGUGGUGGACUCCAACAAUGAAAAUUUGGACAAAAUGGUUCGACAGUAUAGCACGAUGUUCGAUCUAUGUUUGCCGAUGCAAGGAACCAUCGAGGGGCGGAAGCUUUUCCUAGAAGGAGAUCUCAAAUUUAAGGACAGUUUGGGCAAAAUUGAUGUGCAUUGUUUUCUACUCACCGACUUUCUGCUGGUAUGCAAAAAGAACAAACAUGAAAAUUUAAAGGUCGUUCGGCAGCCGUACAUGACAGAUCGCCUGGUGGUGCAAAUCAAGGAACAGACCCUAUACUGCUGCUACUUGAACGAUCUUUCGAUGGUAGUGGCCGCAUUCUCACUCCAGGGAUCCAAAGCCCAAAAUUGGUACGAUUCGAUCACAAAGGCUAAACAUAUCUACACUCGACUGAAACAGGGCAUUGCGGCUGACGUUCGUCAGUACGGCAACAUCAUCAACAUCACCAAUGCCACCAGCAAUAUGAACAUCAACAAUGACAGCCUCAGCAUCCGAAAGUCACCCCUGAACAGUUCCAUAGGAAGCAGAGUCAGCAGUUUGAACAACAGCCAUAGUGGCUCCGUCGAUCUCAACGAAUCCAAGCCAGUAUCGAUCGAUUUUGAAAAGGCCAACUCACUGUCUAGCGAUGAAGGUGGAACUUCUGGUUUAUCACUGCAGAGCAAGAUGGGCUCUAUCGGACCGAGAAAGGUAAAAUCCACCGUAACUACAGUGCAAUCAUCUUCAAACUCUCUAACUGUGCAACCAUUCAGUGGAUUGGGUCAGAGUAUGCCCAAUUUGAAUUUGAAUUCCAUACAAAACAGUAUUGUUUACAGUAAUACCUUAUCGGUCCCCGGAACGUCUGCCAGCCACUCGCAUUCUGGUAUGGUGCUUUUGUCUCCUAGUCAACGAGGAAUAUCUUACCCACCGCCAUCGCCGACGAGAGCAACUCUUCGACGAGGAUUUGCGUUCUCUUCGUCGAUCAAGAACCCACCGUUGAUCAAAACCCGAAAUGUGGCGUCGCAGCAAAGCUUUAUCCUGACCCAACAACCCAGCUUCAAUUCGGCUACUUUAGGGCAGCACCAGCAGUGUCUUCAGACGUCUCCCUCGCCUGGUAGUUCACCGAAUGUAGCCUUCGUCAAGCGGAAAAACAGCUUCCAUAGUACGAGUCAAGGGGUUCACACCGAUCCGAGCACACCCAGUGGGGAAGCUACCUAGUAUAAGCUACUGCCCUCCAGCCGUAGAUAGGACACAUUCUACCUGGUAUCCUACCGUAGAAAAUAGCAUUUACUUUUCCCUCCCCGGUCGAGCUGAGGAGGACUAUUUGGUAAUUUAGAAACAAGCGUAUUGUGGUUUUUGUUGUAACAAUAUGCGUAAUUGUUGUACAUAUGGAUUUUAACUACCAACUCGAUUUGGUGCAAACUAACAAGCAUAUUUUAACCGUACUGAUAAAUUAUACCGAAAGUGUGUUAACUCCAACGAAAGUAUUUUGAACUAUGCAACAACCAAGAUGUUUUAAAACACUAACAAACAAAAUGAUGCUGUGACAAACUCUAGAGCGCAAGAAGGGAAUAAACGAGAAAACAGACACUUUGGACGAAAAGGUGUGACACUUUUUUAAACAAAUGAGACUGUUUUCGAAUCCUUCGGUGUAUGUGUAACAUAGGUAGCGAACUUGUAUCCUAUUUUAAGUCACUUUCUUCACUUUGCGCGAAGUUGUUUAGAAGGCAGCCCCCUCCUUGCAGGGAUAGGCCAAACCUAUAUUAGAAUGUUACGCUUUUUUAGUCGUUGAUGGCGAUGCUGAGAACAAACGAAAGAUAUAGGUAUUUUUUUCUAUUUUUGCCACGUAGUGGCCAUGGUGAGAUGAUAGGUAAUCUGAUUGAUAAGCAAUUCAAAGCAAAAAAGAUAUUUAAAUUCCUUUACAUUAGUUAAACCUAGAGCAGUCGCGUCUUCGGCCACCCUCAUCGGCACCACGCACACGCUGUGUACCACAAGCGUGAUUUUUUCAUGGUACGUGUACUCAGCACACGACGCCACCGCUCCCGUGUUCAAUAUAUUGCAUGAUAUGCAAUAUCAAUUGCAACAGAAACAUUUUUCAUUGAACUGUACUUUGAAAAUGAAUUUUAUUACGAACUGGUUGAACAUGAUUUUCUAUAAAUGAUUCUAAUUUUAGUUUAGGGAGGAGAAACGAGGCAAAGUAUUCACUUGAAUAAAUAAAGUGAAAGAUCUCCAUCUUAAUUGAGACCUUGUUCGCUAUUUUUUUACCUGUGGCCAGGUCAAAUGUCCAUCGACAUCUUUAAUUUAUUUUUUUAAAAGGGCUGUGCUGGCAUGUGUCUCUGGACCUACCGCCCAGAAUAAUGAAUAAUGUAUUAAAGAUUUAAUACUUUAUUCAUUAUUUAUAUCUAAUAGAAUUAAACUAUUUCCAAAAGCUUCAAAAACACUACGAUUUCAUGUUGGAUUAAAGGCUAACGCUUGCUUGCAGAUUUCGCCUCCGGCCCUGUCUAAAGUGUGACUCACCUCCAUUUUCGCUUCUGAAAUUCUGCCUCAAUCGGCUUUUGAUGACAUUGACCAGACAAGAUUCACCAAUCAUGUCCUGCUUCAAUACUAGGCUCUUUGUUGGACUGAAGCUCUUGAAGGGGCAGGGGCGCCAGCUCAACUUGCUGAUGGUUGGUCAAUCCGCCAUUUGCUCUGUAGUUCUUGAAUGAUUCGGGUUGCUAUCGCCAACUCUCCAUUUUGAACUACUUGUUAUGCCAGGACUACAAAAAGUAACGUCAAUAAUCGACUCCGCACCGUUCCGACUAAAGGUACUCUUUGUACUGACAUUUGUCAGGUGGACAUCUAGUAUUGCCAGUCAGUGUCUCAAGCAGCAUCUGACCCCGUUGGUUCGAGAUACGGCUUCCCCAUUCCACGGCCCAGACAUUAAAGUCACCCGCUAUUACCACCGGCUUUUACUCUUUCAGCACGGUCGUCAUACAGUCCAGCAUCUGCGUGAACUGCUCAAGCGACCACCGCGGAGGCGCAUAACAGCUAGAGGAGAAAACCCCGUUUACUUUGGCAACCACGAAGCCCUCAUAGGUAGUAGACACCAACUCCUGGACAGGGUAUUUACCCGUCGUCCAUAUCGCCGCCAUUUUUCUGGACCCAUCCGCGAUCCAAUUGUCGUUGCCGGUGGGUACGGCGGUGAUGGCGAUAUCCGUCCCGUCUGACAAAGCAGUUGCUGAGCUGCGUCACAGUUGUUCAGUGUCAACUGCGUUACCUCCACUGUGAUUUGUUCACUACGGCCUGGACCACUCGUUGGGUGCCUUUGGUUCACGGAUUUCCCGGAACAAAUCAGACACGUGAGUGAACUCGUGCAUCCUUGUGCCAUAUGGAAUUUGGUGCCGCAUCGUCUGCACAGCAAUCCCGUGACUGGUGUCCUGGUUCCACACACGUAAAGCAAACUUCCGGUGGAUCAUGGAAGGUCAGAUGGUAUACUGACCAGCCCACCUUGAUCUUCCCUACUUUGACGAACUUAUUUAUGUCCACCAUUUACGUGCACCCGCCUAUAGUGACCUAUGUCUGUUAGGUCUAGGUUAGGAACUCGUUCUUUACGUCUAGCGUGACAACCGCGAAGUCGCGGAUUCCCCUUCGUUUCUUCCAGAACGCUCGGUCAUUUGAUCAUUCGGUCAACCGUCGGUCAACUUUUCCGUAAAGCGAACUGGUUAUCAUAGAGCCUAGACCUAGAGUCAUCUGACCUCUCAGUAAGAACGUCAGCCUCGAGAGAAUAACCCACUCCAAUAGCAUCCCGGCGGUGUCCAGUAAACAGAUUAGUUUGUACACCGACUGGUCGCAAGGUGGCUUUCCGUACUGGGGUAGUAAAACAAAUCGUUGUCUUUUCCACCUAUCCGGAAAUUGGCGUCUAUCUAGGCACAUCUGUAUAGCCAUUCUGAACAUGUUGAGGCGAACCUUGAUGGCCGCCCUAGUGGCUUCCCCAACUAACAAUUGCAAGUCACAAACAAGCAAGCUUGCUGAAUUGUUGCUUAAUAAUGGUAAUGUUAGCUGAACUAAAAUUAUGCUCUACACAUUACUGUUUAAAUGAUUUUUCAAUUGAGAAAAUAGUCAAUGUUCGACUUUCCUCGUCGGUAUCAACAAUGAUAAAUUAAAACACUUUUCAAAAGUUUAACAACAAAUUUAUUCGACAAGCAUUGAUUCCUUAACAAAAGAGUUUAACAAAACAUUUGUCUGCAUCUUAUUAAGCUGAUGCAUCGAUAAGCACAUGCUCCUGAACAAUGUGCUUUUCACUUGUCAAAUAAACGCCUUCAGCCCGUCAUAGUUUGACUCGGAACUUUGUUCGGAUUAAGGGAUAAAUCAUGGCUAAAACUGUUUAGACAACCAAGUUAUUAAAGAACCAACAUAUUAAACGAAUCACAUAAAAUAAAACAAAAUAGAAUAAUGUAGUUUAACAUUGAGUGCCAAGAGACGUAAUCAACGUAAAAAUGAGGCUUUUAUUUAUUAUUAUUAGUCUGUAACAAGAUAUCUUGUACCUUAAUUAUUAUAUUUUUAUCUUCCGCAGCAGUUCGAUUGUACGAGACGCUUGGAUCGUUGCAUUUGACAUUUCAGUGCUGUCGUGUUUACUGAAUAUUGUUCCCACAGUCACAUAGAUAACCAAACAGCAUUCAGAAAUCGACACAUUUCAAGUAUCCCUAAACAUCUUUAUGCACUAUUUAUUGAACAUAAUAUCAAUGAACUUCGACUGAGCAUGAGUAGAUUACCUGAACAGAUGCUGUGAAUGCACCAUGUCCAAGACCAUACCGCACCACAUAUUGUCAUACAUUUUUAAAGAUCGAUAUUUAAUAAUAAAAAUAAAAACAUAUUCAUAUCGCAAUUAGUCCGUCUGGAAACAAUAUCUUCAAUAAGGACCAACACUUUUUGGCCGCAUUCGAUACAAGUUUUCUCACCGUGCGAUAAAAAUACUGACAGCGAAACCAGAAUGGAAAACACGUGUUUUGGGCUGAACAGCUGUUGAGUAUAAGGCAUUGUUCAGUUGAUUACCACGUGCUGUGCUAAUUCACCACUGCUGAACACAAGUUCAGGAGUGAUCAUUAUUGAGUCAUGGGAAGAUUAUGUUUUGCUUUGGGUGCUGUAUCUCACCAUCUCUAGGAUGGCGCAGAUAGGAAGGCAUGCGGCUGGUAAUCUACAGGUCUCGAGUUCUAAUCCGGAUUUAGGUAAUUUUAUAUGUAAUUCUUAUUUCAUAAUAGGUGUUCUCAACAUGAGAGCAAAUAAUUACUCUCGUGAGAGUUCAACAUUUUUGCAUUUUCUUUAUUUUCAGUCAUUUUUGCCAAAGCUUAAUAACAACUUUCUUGUCAUUUGUAAAACGCAUUGAACAACAAAAAAUUAAGUUGGUGCACAACAUGAUGCUUUAUAACUUCUCCAAAUUUGUGUGAACAAAACCCGAACAUAGGUUGUACGUGAAAAUAAUUCAAAUGUUAUUCAACAUUAUGCUGAAUUAAUUCGUCAUAAUGGUGCCUGUUAAAUGAGUGAUUGUUAGUUGGGUCUGUUGGAAUACUCUCUGGAUCCGGUGUCUUUUUCACCUUGUGCGACUUCGCUAUCGUAAUGGGUUCCUCGUUCAUCGCCAAGACAAGCUAGCUUUGGCAGGUUUGGUCAUAAGGGACUGACUACCCUCUACACAUCAUCUCAGGGGGUCAUGUUGAUUGCCUGCCAGAGAUUGUUAAAGCUCGUACGCUUACGCACCUUAAUCUCUUUGUUUAGCGCCAGUUUAGCCACGCUCACGUCGAUCCGUUCUGCCCUCAUCAAUGUGAGCUCUUUCCAUCCUUCUCCUAGCUCUUAGGCUAGUUGCGCGGAGUCCUGCGAUUACUGGGCAUCACCAGUACACUGGACAGAUCGUCGGUGUUACUCUUCAUAAGCAAUCCCUCCGCAAAUGUUGGCUUGUCGAAGCGCAAUGUCAGCCACCCCCCGGCUAUUGAUGACCCUCGGCUGCGGCUGUCUUUCUCCGUGUGCAAUCCUGUUCCGAAUCUUUAGUUGGACACUGUGCGUGUACCCAUCGUCGAUCAUCCAGUCUGAAUUAGGACUUAGGUCAGGUAUUUUUCUCCUACGAUUGUAUCCACGUUCAGCAUGACCAUAGAUUUGAGUAGAACCCAGCCUCUUGUGCUAGAUAAGCAGCUAUCCCUUACCGGGUAGAGGUGAAGUGCUAACGAUCAAAACAUGAUAUUGAUUUGAUUGAUAUAAGAGAUAAAAGAUCUGAAAACAUUUUUAGAUAUAAUGUUCCUGGAACAUCUGAACAAGAUAAAAAAAUGAUAUUGCAAGAUCCUAGGCAAGAUCGAAAUUUGAUAUUUCAAGAUCGAACGAAUGGCUCGCUGCUAUUGGUUAGAUCUUACAAAAUCUAAAUACGAUCUGAUGAUCAUGUUCCAGGAGUAUUUUUUUUUAAAUCUCAUAUAUCAAUCAAGCCAAUAUCACGUUUUGAUCUCAAUAUCAGAAUAUGCUAUUAUUGAGCCUUUUUCCUCUACCCGGGUUUCGAUCACCCGGGCGUUGAAGUUUUGACCGAUGACCACGCUAUAAAACGAAUGGACAAGAAGUGGUGUAUCGGCCCACGGGAGGAGUUGGGGAGUAUAAUAGCAACUGCAGUAGUACACCCCUUCAAUGUUCACGAUUUCAAAGCUCUCGUUAGACUUUAAAAUUAACUCCUGAAACUAGAAAUCCAUCAGUUGUACAACUCAUCGCCCCGUUGUCACAACUCACCAGUUCCCGUUGUCGAGGGUAUGCGGGAUGGGCCCGCUAGUAGGGCGAUAUCUGUACUAGACUUCAAGAAUGACUGCCGCAGCAACUGUUGUGCGGCCCCGCAGGGUUUUGGUUUAACUGUGAACCACGACUUGUGGCCUUGUUCAAAGAACUUGAAGCACGUCUCUGGCGACUCAUAACAGCUGAGCGGGCACACUGACCAACCAACACUCUGAUCUUCCCGACUUCAGCUGCCUUAUCAACCUCCCCUACUGGGACCCUGUUGCGCCCUGCGUGUCCGCUGCGCUAAGCUUGUCGCUAGCGAAUUAAUACAAUUGGUGCAUCUACCUCACACUGCAGCUUAAAGCCGGCUGCGGGCUUCGCGGCGCCGGGCGAUCUCGUCUAGGUUUUUACACCUAGGACCUCUUGGGCUACUGCUCACAUCCGUGCCCAGCAACAAGAGUCGAUGUUCCACUCUCAUGGCCCUCAGACUCUUCAGCGUAUGUGUCCGCCUCGGUCUUAAGGACCACCCGAGCAAAGUACAAUAACUGAGCAGUAACAAACUGAUAACUAGUGUUCGCUCCAGAACUCAUAAGUUGCAAGAAAGUAACAGUAAGUUGCAAGAAAUAAACAAUACAACAUCACAGUUAGCCAAACUUUUGCUCAAAUAGCAUCAAAUUAGUCAAGAAAUCAUAUAACCCACGCUGUUUGCUCCAUUUCAUUGCAGAAAUGGAGAAUUGAUCAUCUCACCAUACUAAAAUCCAGCUCACUACUUUCAUUCUAGUACUUCACUGAUUGCCUCCUAUUUUGUGUUAUCAAUUUGGUAAUUCAUGUUACCAUUACCUGUCAAACUGGGGGCAUCAUCGUCGACAACAACAACGGAAGUUAGUUAUCAAUGACCGUUGCAAAUAUCUUUCUGAUAACAAAUAAAAUUUUCAAUUGAAUAAAAUUGAAAGAUUUACUGAAGUUGUUAUCAGGAUGCCUUUGAUGAUAACAUAAUGAGAUAUUUUAUUGGUAUCACAGAUAUACUUGGCUGUUAUCAUGUUUGUUAUGUUGCCUGCUUAUUCAGCCACAAUGAGAACAAAUUUAGUUAAUUAUUUUUGAUAUCAGAUAACACAGUAUGUUAUCCGGUUGCUAUGAAACUUUGCUCGGGAGCGCGUCGUCUCUAUCGUGUUUGCAGACUGGUUUGAGUUUUACUGGUCUCAGCUUCAAUAGAGAUUACAGGUAGAGUGUCUGGAAGGGAGAGUGGCGUCGUGUUCCAAUUUUGACAGGUCUCCUGCUCGUUUGGAACGGGAAUUUGUAUGGAUUUGACAGAUGAUCGCUGUUCCAAUUUUGACAUUGACGCCACUCUCCCUUCCAGUC